GGUGGGCGGGGACGGCGACGGGGACUGGAUCUGCGCGGCUGUCGCACGGGACCCGCCCGCGGCCUCCAUCGCGGUCCUGCUUCGCACCGCCCGGGCUUGCGGUUCUGCUUGCUUCAGUUUCUCUCGAGUUCUAGCUCUGGAGCCAGCUAUAAUCCCACGGAUAGGGGACUCAUCACUUGUCUUAUAAUUUCUAAUAUUUAUUUUUGUUUACGUGCGUGCGUGUGGAGGUCAGAGGACAACUUGCAGGAGUCGGUUCUUUGCUUCUACCAUGUGGUUUCUGGUCAUCGAAUUCCCGUCAGAAGGCUUGGCUGCAAGCACCUUUAUCCACUGAACUGGCUCCCAGGAGUACCUGCUACACACUGGGCUCUCACAUCCAGACAGAAAAACCCUCCCUUCCUGGAGCAGGCAUGAAUGAGCCAGAUGAAGAACUAGAGGUCCAGAGAGGCUGACUGUGCGCACCGAGGUGACCCAGCCUGGAGACUGAGCUGACUUGUAACUGAGUGAGCAGGGUCGGGGGACAAGCGCAGGCCUUGCGGCCAUGAAGCUGAACGAGCGCAGCCUGGCCUUCUACGCAACCUGCGAUGCUCCAGUGGACAAUGCUGGCUUCCUCCACAAGCGUGGUGGACGCGGGGCGGGCUCGCACCGGCGCUGGUUCGUGCUUCGUGGCAACAUGCUCUUCUACUUCGAGACAGAGGCCAGCCGCGAGCCGCUGGGCGUCAUCCUGCUGGAGGGGUGCACGGUGGAGCUGGUGGAUGUCCGGGAGGAGUUUGCCUUCGCUGUGCACUUUGCCGGCGGUCGCUCUCGGCCCUACGUGCUGGCAGCUGAUAGCCAGGCGGCCCUGGAGGGCUGGGUGAAGGCGCUGUCACGGGCCAGCUUCCACUACCUGCGCUUGGUGGUGCGUGAGUUGGAGCAGCAGCUAGCAGCCAUGCGGGAGGGAAGCCCUGCCAAUGCCUUGCCGGCCAGCCCAAGCCCAGUCUCGAACCCGCGACCCAAGGAGAAUGGCCGGGCAGUAUGGAGUGCGCUGCCUGAGCAACCCACUGCAGCCCCCCAGCGCCCACCGCUACCGCCCCGUCGCAGGGCCUCUGCUACCAAUGGGCCCUUGGUAUCAUUCGCCCAGCUACAUGAGCAGUAUGGACUGGAGGUGCGGGCCCUCAGGAGCCAGUGGCGUGGAGGCCACACUGGCCUAGCAGGCCUGGAGGUCUCCUGGCAUCCUUCUGAGUCUGGUGGGACUCAUACCCAGGACCAGCCUUAAGGGGCCUACUGGCUGUGAGGGAAGCCUGAGUCAAGCCAGGCUUCCGGGGGACAAAGGACAUGUGACCCAGAAGACCUGACCUCUCGGCUCAGUGGCAGUUACUCUCAAGAAGAACCUGGGACCUGAACAUUCUACAAGAACUCAAGGAAUUGGUUGCUAGAGAGCCUUGCCCCAGGACAGCCCUGGAGUAGGCCACAGGCCCAUGGGGCCCAAGGUCCACCUAGUACCGGUCCUCACAAGGGUCAGGAAGCCUGGGCCCAGAGGCUGCUGCCUGGGCUGCUCAUUUGGGUCUGAAGCAGCAGGUAGAAGGUGGAGUUAAACUGGAUAAAUCCCCAAAGCCCUGGCCUGGAACCAGCUAAGGCAGGACUUUGCCCGGCCUUGGCAGGCAGGGCCUCUUAGAGCCAAGUAACCUCCAGUCCUGGGCUGUGGCCUAGCUUCCUCCCAGGUUCACCUCUGCCUGAUUCCAGACAACCAGUGGGCCUCCCUGCUGGGUCCCUUCUCAGUGCUGGCUCUCUUCCAGAGUGUUGGGCGGGACAACCUGCCCCACCUGGGUCUUGUUUACAGUCCUCCUCAGUGCCCUGCCCUGGGGACUGGAGGACACUCACUCCAGUCUCUGCGUCAGAUGGACAGAUUUCACCCUGGCCCCACUCCUCUGUCCCGGGAGGCCCUGGGUUGGGGUUCUGUAGGUGAUUCUGCCACCAGAGCCUCUUGGCUGCCUGCUGGUUCAGGCACCAGGGCUUGGCUGUGGGUUCACUUUGAAGUAUAUAAGGUAUUGCAUUUGUCUUUCUUCCAGCAGUGAAGUUUAGUAUCUGCAACGCCCCCUCCCGUUACUGUUGACUGGAGGGAAGGGGUGGCAUUGUCCCCAGGGAGUCCAGCCCUACCAGGAGACACACUGACGCCUAGCUGUCACUGAGCUCUGCUGUCUGCACAGGUGCCUCUGGGGACUUGGUCCCUAUCUUUUUAACUCUCCCACUGGGUGGGGCUCAGGUCUCCCUGGUGUGACCCAGCUGGCGGGCUAAGGCAUAGACUCUAGUCUGGGAUGGGUUUACAAACUAAAGGUACAGCGCAGGAAAUAGGGGAGGGGAGAGAUGCCCUUUUUCCCAAAAGCACAAAGAUGGUCCAGCUGACUCUAGGGCUAAGAGAUGUCUGCCAUGGACAGGGUACGAGGGCCAAAAUAAAAGCUGGUCAAGGAAUGGCUGCUUGUAUUAUUUUCCUCCCUACAGAAUCCCAGUUGAUAUGCCUGGUGGGCCCUAGAAGGAACAUGAAGUGUCCUUCAGCCAGGCUGCCCUAUCAUCUCCCAGGGAAAUCAAUGACCUCUUCUUGUGAGGGGGGAAAUGGAGGCCCAGAGAGGUUGCCAAGGCCACACAGCUCAAGUGUCAACUGAAGUAUCAACCUCUGACCCUGUGGCUGGUGGUGCCUUCAGGAGGUACAUGGAGGGCCACAGGCCAUACAAAAAGAUGGGCAGGUGAUUGACGUGUGUGGGCCCAAACUACCUGAUGGUGAGGAGAGGGGAGGUCCAAGCCUGACGAUAGUGCAUACCUGUCCCAGCAUUCAAGGGCGAGGCAGGAAGCACGCUAGCUACAGGUGAGCCCGUCUGAACAGACCCUGGCCCUUCUUACUGGCCUGUUCCUGAUAGCUCAGGAGUGGACUACAAAAGAUCCUGGCACUAUGAAAAACGAGAAAAAGAGUCUCUGUAGUUGAUUAGUAAUGUCUGCUGUGCUUUUUCUUUUGGGGGGUUUUUGUUUUGAGUUUUUGGAAACACAGUUUCUCUUUGUAGCCCUGGCUGUCUUGGAACUUGCUCUGUAGACCAAGUUGGCCUUGAACUCAGAAAUCCACCUGCUUCUGCCUCCUGAGUGCUGGGAUUA